AUGGAUGUUUACGGACCUCUCAACGUCUCAUUAGACUACAGACUCCGAUUCAGUCCUAUCGCAGCAGAUAUUAUACAUCAGCUACUGGAUGUCAUCUACGACACCUUGCGGUCUUUGAAAUCAUUCAGCGAUCGACCGCAGCGCUCACUUGGCAGCAAGAGACGACGCAUUUCUGGCUACAGGCUUCUAAAGGCCGGCGAUGAUGCAAGCGAUUCAGAGAGCGAUGGUGAUUUGACAGAAGAGAACAUGAUGAAGAUCACUGAGACGAUCGGAGGAACUUUGACACGGCUUUUCCGCCUGUCCAACGCUGUUCGAAAGUCCGCUAAAGCGAAUCGAGCUCGUAAAAUCGAAAAAUAUCGAGACGACAUAGAGGCUAAUCAGGCGAUCGAGGAGCUGCGUCUCUACACCCAAUGCUACAUCGAUUUUCGCUUCCCAGAGACGCCAGAGGCGAUCUGUUCGGCCUUGGUCAACGCGAAUGCGCUGCGACUCCGACGGCUGUGGUAUCAGCGCUCUCAUCGCAGACGCAUCGAUCUCAGCCUGCCAAUGCAGCAGCCGCCUCCGGUCGUUGUUCAAUUGCCGGAAGCGACAAGAACUUCGCCAGCGGUACGAUUCGCGCCAAGCCCAGCACAUAUAGUGACUAAGGAAAUGCCGGACUUUUCGCCAGCGCCAGCGACCUUUGCUACUACUGCGCGACAAACUGCGGUUGCAGCCUUCUACGCCAGAUCCACGACUGAGGUCCCUCGAGCUAAGUCUGUCCUUGUGAACAACAAGCUAUCGUUUCCACCUCUACCACCAACUCAAGAAUGUCCAUAUUGUGGCGUAAUUGUUGAGUUCGGGAGCACUGCGAGAACAACGCUGUGGCACAAUCACGUUAUCGGAGAUCUGGAGCCUUUCAUUUGUCUUCAUUCGCAAUGCCUGGAUCUGGACCAACUCCGCUCCGGGACCAGCCCACCCACAUUUGAAACAUCAAAAGCCUGGACCAGCCAUAUGAAGAGUGCUCACGGACACACGUGGGAGUGCAGGGCCCCUUCCCACCACCCAAUUGUCUUUGAUCAAGAGCUUCUGUACCAAAAGCACUCUAUCGAGGAGCAUGGCGUGCCCGAGGCCCAUGCCGGGAAUCUCAGCAACGCCGCACGGAGGCCAGUCCUAGGACAAGUGUUAGAGUGUCCAUUCGGCGACGACUUCCAGUACUCGGGCAAGAGCGAGCACUCUGAUGUGUUCUCCAGCGAAGCUCUUCAAUUACAUAUCGCUGGCCACAUGAAGGAGAUUGCACUUCUCACACUGCAAAAGCUUCCCAACGACGACGACGGAGAGCUGGACAACCUCGAAAGCGAUCAAGUACUAGGAGACGAUGAACCGAACGGCAUGGCUGGAUUCACGCGCGCAAGUAUGUACAGCAUACUGGACGACGAGGAAUUGGACCUUCAAUCUCAUGAUGCUGGCGCUGAGGACAAUGCCUCGAGCCCUCACGAAGAAGACAUCAGUGCACAGGUGACAGUACUUGGCUUGGAGGACGAAGACGAUCUGAAAAGGUCAAAGCUCCAUCGUGCGGUGCAGGCUCGUGACCCGGACCUGAUCAAAGCCCUGGUUCAGAGUGGCACGAAUGUGAAUGCGCAAGACGAGAAUGGCCACACGCCGCUACACUACGCUACACAAAGAGGCUUUGUUGAAUGCACAGAGCUCUUGAUCGACAACGGCGCGGACUUACGAAUGACAGACGGCUUUGGGUUCUCUCCGCUUCUCUGGGCCGUGGUCGCUGGGCAGGAAGGCGCCACAAGGAUGAUGCUAUCCAAAGGAUCCGACGCCAACUCGUUCAGUGCAGACGGAAGGUCUGCGCUCGCUUGGGCUGCGAGCCUGGGCUGGUCCCUGCCUCCUGAGGUUCUCCUCGAACAUGGUGCCAGUGUAUCUGACAGUCGAGGCGAGGACCGAACCCUUCCUUUGGACGAAGCUGCAGCGUGUGGCAAUCUUCCUUAUGUUCGAUCGCUACUCAAGUUCGGUGCAGAUCCGAACCACCGUAAUCGCGAUGGUUGGUCCGCAAUACAUUGGGCAGCAGAGGAGGGACAUCUAGACGCCCUGACCCACUCAAGUCCACGUGUCACGGAUGGACGGCACUACACCACGCGGCUUUCAUGGGACAUUCUCAUGUCGUCGAAGCUCUCUUGCGAAACGAUCGUGCACGAUCGACUGUCUCUCAGCAAGACAAUCACGGCUGGUCUACCCUUCAUCUGGCGGUCUUCAGUCGAGACGUGGCCACGAUUAACACUCUACUUCAAACUACGGCAACGACAGAUCUACGUACACUGUUUGACGAAAGUGGCCUCACUGCUGAAGAGUGGCUAG